AUGACCCAAAGCUGCAGACCCUCCGGCCCUGCCCUUGCCUCCAUCCUGCUGACCCUGCUACUGGGUGGCCCUGUGCUGGCCUCUGAGAUCGUGGGUGGCCGGCGGGCCAGGCCGCACGCAUGGCCCUUCAUGGUGUCCCUACAGCGGCAUGGAAACCACUUCUGUGGAGGCACCCUAGUGGCCCGGAACUUUGUCAUGUCAGCAGCUCACUGUGUGAAUGACAUGGACUACCGGACGGUGCAGGCGGUGCUAGGGGCACACAACCUGAGGAGGCCUGAACGCUCCCGGCAGGUGUUCAGCAUCCAGCAAGUCUUUCAAAAUGGCUUCAACCGUGACACGUUGCAGAACGACAUCGUGAUUCUGAAGCUCAAUGGGUCAGCCACCAUCAACGCCAACGUGCAGGUGGCCAGGCUGCCUAAGCAGAACGAAGGUGUGGGCAGAGGGACACAGUGCAUGGCCAUAGGGUGGGGCAGGCUGGGCACGAACCGGCCACAACCCAGCAUCCUGCAGCAGCUCAGAGUGACCGUGGUGUCAUUUCUCUGCCGCCCCACCAACGUGUGUACACUGGUGCAGCGCCGGCGGGCCGGCAUCUGCUUUGGGGACUCCGGUGGGCCCCUGGUCUGCAAAGGACUGGUCCAUGGGAUCGACUCCUUCAUCCGGGGAGGCUGUGGCUCUGGCUACUACCCAGAUGCCUUUGCUCCCGUGGCACAAUUCGCAAACUGGAUCAACUCCAUCAUCCUCCGCCAAGAUGACCACCCUCAACUCCACCCCAGGGACCCUGCAAGUAGGACGCGCUAG